ACAUUUUUCACCUAAAGUGAAAUUUUAAGUUGAAAAACGUAAAAAAAUUUAGGUGUUACCAAUUGAAGUAAUUUUUUAAGUUGAUCCAACUAUUUUACAGUGUUAUAUCCACAUGACUGUUAAAUUUGAUUAAUAUGGCUUUAACAUUCAGCAGUGGUUUGGGUGUCGAGUGUUAAGAUGGAUGCAACAAACUUUGGCAUAAUAAUUUUUUCAAUCUCAUUACUUCCUGUUUCAUUUACCUUCUGACUUCCUUGCAGUAUAUUUACACGCAGAGUUUUCUGUACGUUUGAAAAAUGGCAGCAAUCUAUGACAAUUCUGCUUUUAUAUGUUCAUACCAGCAGCGCUCUCAUCUAACAGAUAAGGACUCUGAUGAAAGAUCUGUUAAAUGGAUUAAAGUUCUUCUGAUAGUUGUUGGUGUUUUUCUUGUUUUUGCUCUGGGUGUCAUCUGUGUUCUCAGUUUACUCUAUGUUGGUAAAUUCAGCCUGUGUGACUCUCAGCAACACAACGAUACAAAACCACCAACAGAUCCAGAGCAGAAUUUCAGUGCUUCAUCUUGUAAGCUUUGUGAAGAGGGCUGGAAAUCAUACGGUGGAAAGUGUUAUUUCUUCUCUUCUGAAAAGAUGACAUGGUUUGAGGCUCGUGAUUCAUGUACUGCAUCAAAAGCUCAUCUGGUCACCAUCAACAGCAAAGCUGUACAAGAUUUCUUGGUGUCUAAAAUUAAUGAAACUCACUGGAUCGGUCUUAAUGAUCUGGAGACUGAAGGUCGAUGGGUUUGGGUGAAUAACAAAACUCUUGAAGAGACCGGAGUAGAGUUCUGGUACAAGAGGGAAUUUGGGACAAGUGAACCUGAUAACUGGAAGGUGAUGGAUCCAUCCGGAGAAAACUGUGCCAGUCUGGGUGACAGAAACGGCAAUCUACACACUUGGUUUGAUGGUUCUUGCAAAGAGCCAAAGAGGUUUAUCUGUGAAAAGAAAUACUAAUUUACAUCCAUACAUGAUAAAAAAAGAGGUCUGUUUUAUCUUCAUUAUACAAACAUCAUGCAGAUACAAUAUUAAAAGACUGCAAUGCUUUUACCUUAAUAACAUAAAGACCAAAGACGCAGAUCAAUGCAUGUGUUAAAUUUUGUAUGUUCUCGGUUCAAUUGUGAGUAAAAUCUUAAACAUGUCAUGGUCCUGUCAUCCUUGUAAGUGAUUUCUCUAGUUAUCUGUGACAACGAGAUCUUCAGAUCCUGACUUUCAGUGACUGAUUUCACACAACCACCAUGUGGAAAUCGAAAGCAAAGGUCCGGUGGGAAGAAACCCGGAAGUAAAGGCAAACAACAAUUUAGACUACCAUCCUCAAGUUACUAACA